AUGGUUCAACCUCAAGCAGGACCAUCCACAGCUCUGGAGCUGGACGACUACCUAUGUCCACUCACCACCAUCAGAGAUACCCUCCUUCGGUCAGACCCUUCGACCAUCUCCAUCCCCAAACUACGAGCUUUGUUGACAUGGCACAACAAGAAACUUUCAACGCCCUGGUCGCCCUUUCCGUCUUCCUCGAAUGAGUCCAAAUCAUCCAUUUCCAAACCAUCUUUCAUCCUGCCUCAGACAUCUAUUACAAUACAAAUCGAUAAUUCGAUAAAAUCAUUAGCAUUGAGACUGUCUGAGAUAUCAAACAUAGAUGAGAUCUCAAGUUACCUCCUGAUAAGGUCAUAUCAGACAUUCAGCUUAGAUGAAGUAGACAUCGAGAAGGAAGAAGAUAAUGACAAGAUAUUGGAUAGAAUCAUAUUAUGGUAUUCUGAAGAAAUACUGGCAUUGCCUCAGAUAGUCUUGGCUUUACUCCAGUUAUCUACCGAUGGUGAUUCGGAAUUGGGACGAUUAUCGAAUGAUCUCAGAAUCGAUAUAAUAGGCGGUGAAGAGUCUUCGAGAUAUAUAGAAGGUCUGUUUAGGGGUUUUAGUAAUUUGGCUCAAUUGAGUCUGAACGAUAAGCAGAGGGGCCCUAAUGCUCUUUUCUGGGCAACGCAUCAACUUCGAUUACAAGAACAGCUCCUCACUCUCCUUUUCAUCGUCCUUUACCAGACUCCCAAUCGACUCUCAAACAUAUCAGAAGGUCUGGUAAGGGGUACCAUAAUGUCUUCGUUCGGUACUUCUCAAUCCAAUCGAGAGAUAUGGGAGAACGACAUGGAAUGUCAGAGGAUAUCUAUCCGUAUAAGAGAUCUGAUGGUGAUCAUCGGUCUAGAAUCAUUAUGUCUCAAUCAAAUCGUCUCACCAGUAGCAGAGAAUGAAGCUUUCGAAACGAUGUUACAGAACAAAGAAAAGAUAGAAUCGAUACACCAAUUCAUGAUAGAUUAUUCCGAUGAUCUGAUACCGCAUUAUCCCGAACCUGAACUUUCCUCUACACCUCUACCUAUCUGGCCAAUGUCGAUAAUUUGCUUAGCAUGGGCAAUCAUACUCCGCUCGCUUCCUUCGGAUAAGGCUCCUCUUUCUGGGGAUGGGUCAGUCACAUGGCAGGAUAUGGCUAUAAGAGCUCUGAGGCUGCCUUCCGGCUUGUUCCUCUGGUUGGAAGUGAUACUUUCUGGACCUUUAUUGGAAUUUACGAGAGACAUCUCUGUGAGUGGUGGUGAAAUGGAUGUGGGAUUGUUCCAAAGAAAAGUGUUCAAAGACCUCCUGAUCGGUCUAUCUGAACUGAUCCAGUUGGAAAACAUCGCUGAUAAACCAGGAUUAUAUCGAAGUUGGGAACUGCUUUUUGGAGGUGGCUCAACAUCAACAUCCUCACUUAUCGCUGCAGAUUACUGGAUUGCCGAUUUUCCGUACGAUGAAAGGCGUUCAAUGCUCGAUCGAAGUCAAUUUCCUUAUCAACCUGUGCAUCUGCUUCGUGUGCUUUCUGCCUUGGUCGGCUCUGGCCAGACAGAGACGUCCUCCGACGCUUUUGGUACCGAUCCUGCUGCUCAGGUCCAACAUUAUUUCACGAAUCUACCAACCAUUACCCAUACUGUCGAUCCAUCAUGGUGCAAAUACGUUGGGAAGGAUGAGAACGGAAAAGAAAUCGUAGAGGCGGUCAAUACCUUGAUCCUACCUGGUGGUGCGAGUAUACCCAAGGGUUCCAGAGGGUUUAUAUUGCCCACCACUAGCUCGUCUCAAGUCAUGUGGAUCAAUCAGAUCAUCUCGGGCUGGCCAUUACUUCUAGAGAUACUUGAAGCUGCUGCCGGCCUGAAAUCCGCUGAAGAACGAGCUCCUGCCGACUCAGCUAACCCACCCGACAGCGUGUACCUCUCCGUUCGAGAUCUGGAUAUACAACUUGAUACUUCUGAAAUCCUAGCAGCCGGUAUCAAGUUCUUGCAUUCGGUGCUUCAGUCAUCGUCUUAUGUCAAAUCCACUGUUCUCACUCAUCUCAAUCCGGACGAUCAUCUGACAUCGGGUCAGACGCUACUUCACCUCGCCUUGACAGUGUUGCAACAUAGUAGAAAUAACGAGCUCACACUCAACUCCUCGGUGGUCCCUAACGCUAUCGACAUCAUUCAGUCCCUGAUAACUUCACCGGAAUCGAAUGUAUGGCCUGCUCUUCGAUCGUCGGGCUUCUUCGACGUCACUGGCAAGAAGCGAGGCAGCGUGAUCGCACUCGUCCAAGCGGAUUCGGUGAAAGGUGAACAUAUCCUCACUGCAGCUGUACUCCGCUUGGUACACACUCUGAUCGUAAAUGCGGAUCAUGUUCCCGAUUCCGAUGUGGUCAUCCUGCGAUCAGCGAUACACUUUGUCUUUGCAGAUAUUUGGAACAACUUCUCGGCCUGGAGAUAUAAAGAUGUAGCGAAGAAAUACGAAUUAUCGUCUUUGCUCGUUGGUAUAUUCGAUACCGUUCUCAGUCAUCCAUUAUCGGCGGAUGGAAGUGGUCCUACGCCCGCAGCUCAGGUUCUGAUCGAUCUGUUCAUCACCUCGACUUCACCAUUGACUUACCGACCAUUGUUAGACGCCAUCACUCAAGCUUCUUACCUUGUUCCCCGGUUGAUCGGAUUCAGACGACAUGUGGAUGCUGAAUUAGUGGUAGGAUGUCUCGACGAAACUUUGUCUUUCCUCGGAACGCUAUUCCGGAUCUCAUCGAUGAUUGGCACUUCCCCUAUCGCCUUACCUGCGUCCUUAGUCGCUAUUCCCGUUGCUGUUCCAUCGGGUGAUAAGGUUCAAUUGGUAGAUGCUUUAUUCGAGAUCGCUUUUUCGCCUGCCGCUCAAACCAGCAAUGUGCUCAACAUCCUCAAGACGCUUAGAGUAUACUUGGAAGUCAUUGGUCAAGAUCCCCACAAACCUUCUUUGGCAAGCAUGCUUCGAAGUCCUACCCAGACAUGCGAGAACCUCACAGACUUGGCAACAAGAACAGACGAUCCAGAUGUACGAGCUACUGUAUGGGAUUUACUAUCUACGAUUGUGUCAACCCAACCAGGAUGCGUACUCGCUUGUAUCGGAUUAGUCAAUGGAGAAGGAUUUGAAGGAACGCUCAAAUACGCCGUAGAAGAGAUCACAUCGUGGGAGACCACCUUCCGAGAAGCGCCUCAUACUUUAUCAGCUGUACUCAAUUACCUCCAAUCGAUAAUGAGAGCGGCAGGAGCGGAUAAAGCUAUUUGUCACUUGCGCAAGAACUCAGAUUUUUGGCAAGCGAUAUUCGACCUAUCCACUCGGAUCGUCCCUGCUCCACCCUCAUUCUCGUUAUCGAUGCAUUCAGAAGAUUUCACUUCGAGAAUACAGAAAUAUGCGUACUCGGUUCAAGCUAAAGCGAAUGCUACUUCCCUGUUGUCCUCAGAAUUAUCUUAUGCUCUCAACAAUGAUUUGGAGGAAGAUGGCAAGGACCCCAUAGAAACCAAGGCUAGAACAUUGGUAUUAUCGUUAUUCAGGAAUAAUUCUGCUUUGCAGGAAACCACCCUUAUGAGCUGUCAUAAUAGCUGUGUACCUGAAUUGCAUGAAGAUCAGAGUAAGAAGAUCAUUGCGAAUGGUGGGAAUCUGGGGAAAUUGAAAACUAUCAAAUUAGCUUCUGAAAGAGAAUAUGGAAGGUCAUACCUCUAUGAUGGUUCCGUCAUCGUUCAAGGUUCCGCUACCCAGCAGUCUACAGUAAACCUUGCGCUUGAUCUGUUGAACCUGAAUUGGUCAAUGCUUGAUGCCGAUAUAUGUCUCACUCGAUCGUUCCGUCUAUUAGCAGAAAGCAUCUCACCUUGGAUAGAAGGAGAUAACUUAGCAAUCAAUGCGGCUCUGAGAGCUGGCGUAGCCAUAGCAGAAACGGUUGCCGAAGAAUAUCGAGGAGGCGAUGUGAUGCUCGCCAUUCAAGUGGACCGAUUGUCGAUACUAGCAGUGAUUUCAGAGACUGCCCUAGAUGUUGAAGAGCAACAGCAGCCGGAUGCACAGCUGUUACGGCAAUUCUCCUCCUUUAUGGCAAUGAUCGUCAACUCUCAGUCUUUCCCGCCUGUAGUAUCUUUACGACACUCCGAGCUACCUGCGAUUCACCAACCCGUUCUUAGGAUCCUGUACUUGCUGCUUCAAGCUAUGUCAACUUCCGAUAUCACCGCAUCAAAUCUCACUUCCCGAGAAUCCCUGGUGGACGCUGCGACGAUAUUCGCCCUUGAGUCUGCUGAUAUAGUAUUCGACUCAAUAAUCAGACGACAUAAACCUGCAUUCAUCGGUAACCUUAGUAUGAUCAUCGGUGUCUUAUGCGAACUAAGUAAAUUGGCUUCCACCAAUGGAAACGUACUAUGGUUAGAUAAAGUACAAGGGUUCAACCUUAUCGGGAGAUCCCUAGAAGUUUUGGUCAGAACGAAAAUAACCAAUGAUCAACUUCCUUUACACAUAUCUAGUAUAUUGCUCCUUCACUUAGCAUUGGCUAGUAAUCCUUUGACAGCUGAGAAAUUGGCUAUAUCGGGAACCUUAGCUGCUUAUUCCGACAAUGUUAUUGUGGUCCAAGCUGAACAUGGAAAGAUCGCUGUACCUACUUCAUCAACUGGAAAUUCAACUCACGACGCUUGGUGUGGGAUGUUGUUGGUCAUCAAAGCUCUUCUUUUCACAUUACCCGAUACGACUUCAUUCGUCAGGACAGAUGUGAUUCCGUUCAUUCGAGUAGUCAAUCAACAGCUUCUGAGAAGUAUGUCAUGGGACGGCGAAUCGACUUUGUCCCUCCCCGCUUUGAACGAGUUAGAAUUGGUCACGGAUAUAUUUUACGGGUUGGUCAGCUCUUUAGGUCAAAGUAGUAUCGUUGCAGAAGAUUACUCGAUUCACGCCGUUGGAUUAUUGAAGAAUAUCAGAUAUUCCCUAUCUCAUCCCAGAUUAUUAUCAACAUUGUUGAUACCUUCUACAGAAGACGAGAGACUCGAUUUGGAAAAGGAAUUAGAAUCGAUAGAACAAGAUGAUCAAGCUGGUAAAGGGACUUUGAACUUGUUUGAUUCUGAUAGAACUCCAAUACUAGCUUCUCGAUCUCUGGGACUGCUAAGAGUGGUUAGAACUAUCAUAUCGACUUUUAUCGGAUUGACGAACGCUUGGGAGGUAUUCAAGGAUGAUAAUUUAGAUGAUAGAGCGGAAUUGAACAAGUUGGUAUUGGAUCAAGAUGAAGGAGAUGAGAAUAACGAUCCGGUCGAAAUUUUGAAUGAUCUAUAUACGAUAAUUUCAAAUAUCCCUUUGACCUCUUCUGAAACAAUAUCGAAAAUACAGAUACAAAUACUCGAAUCAAUAUCAUUAGUAUCUUUCACCCAAUUACUCAUCCGACACGCUUUAUUACCGGAUAAUGAGAAACGAUCAUUUAACGGUGAUGAGGAUGACGGACAGAAGUCUCAAUACUCGUACGAAAUGGAUCUUGAUUUACCCGAUAGAUCUCGAAGAUCUGCUGGAGCCAGAGGGUCCAGAUCAUCCGGUGGGAGAAGGAGAAGUUCGAGUAUGGGUAGAUCAGGAAGUAAAGAGAGCUUGGUAUUGAGGGAGUUGCAGGAUGAUUUGAAGGGGUUGAUAGGUGGUGAGAGUAAUGGGAUGAGAGGAUUUAUAAGAACGAGGAUGGAUAGGGUUUUCGGAAGUGACAAUUAA